AUGGCACUUUCACAUAUCGCUACCUCUUUUCUGAUAGUUUCUCUUCUAUCUAUUUUCUUCACGUUAACAAACGUUAGAGCCGAUCUAAUAAAUGAUGUUUGCUCAAAAACCAAAAAGCCCACUACGUGUUUAUCAGCUCUUAAUGGGGAUCUUCGAUCCAAAAGUGCAACUCUUGAAGGUCUUGCGACUAUCUCAAUAGACAUAUCACUAAAGAACACACAAUCCGGACGUGAUCUUGUAAAUUCGUUGCUUAAACAAGCCACAGAUCCAAAAUUAAAGACACGAUACAAUUCAUGUUUGGAAAACUAUAAUGACACCAUUGAUGAUCUUAAAGAAUUGCCACCAUUUUUGAAGUCUAAAGAUUAUAUUGGUUUGAAUGUUCGUGCCUCUGCUGCUUUGGAUGGUCCUAUUACGUGUGAUGACAAUUUUUCAAGUCCACCUGCUGAAGCUCUCCAACUCAAAGCUGCUAGUGACAAGCUUGUAGAACUUAUUGAUAUUAUUUUGGUUAUUAGCAAUCUAUUGAGAAGAUAA